CGACAGAGGGUCGCUACACAGCUCCGCGAGCCCAAGUCUCCGUAGCCCUCUCUACGAACCGUCAUGACCUCUCUCACUACUUCAGUCCGUUCUAAAUUCCUCAAUGCCAUUAGAUCUGUAAACCCGCCGGGGCGAUGGAAGAUACUGGUCGUGGAUGAGCACUCCCAGCGGCUGUUGGGAUCUGUCUUGAAGCAGUUUGAUAUUCUGGAGGAGAAUGUAACGCUGAUUGAAUCGAUCACGAAUUACCGUGAACCGCAACCUGGUUUCGAGGCGAUGUAUCUGCUCAUGUCCACGUCUCAGAAUGUGGAUAGAAUUAUUCGUGACUUCUCAGACGGAAACCAGCAGUACGCUGCGGCAAAUCUCUUCUUCAUUGACGGUCUGGAUGAACAGCUGUUUGAACGCUUGACGUCAUCUCCCGCAGAACCAUUUCUCAAGACAUUGCAGGAACUGUUCAUUAACUUCUGGGCGAUCGAAUCACAGGCGUUCUCUCUAAAGCUCCCUGGCGCGUUCUUCAAUAUGUACAGUCCACCACGCAGUGAAUCUGCCUUCCCGCCUGCCCGCGAGCGCCUGGAAGAGGAGUUACGACUGGCUAGCAAGAUGCUCAUGAACGUCUGCAUCACACUGAACGAAUACCCUUACAUCCGUUAUUAUCUCCCUAGUCACCAUGCGCCCUUGGGUCCUUUUAAGCCACACGAAUCAACUAGGGCACCACCUCCGCCGGAGAACAGCGGGCGCUGGCGCACACAGCUCGCCCGGGGUGAUGCGGCGCGCGCAUAUGAGGCUGCUGAUACGGACUUCGUCGCCAAAGUCCUUGCGUUCAUGGUGCAGAAGGACUUGGAUGACUACAAGAAGGCAAAUCCUGACUGGCCUAAACCAUCUGAUACUCCUCGACCGCGCGCGACCAUGCUGAUCACCGACCGCGCCAUGGACACGCUCGCACCCUUCGUCCAUGAAUUCACGUACCAGGCAAUGGCGAAUGACUUACUACCAAUCGAAGACGGCGCGAAGUACACGUAUAAGUUUCAGGGGGCGGCAGGGUCCUUUGAAGACAAAACCGCGAUCUUGUCUGAUUCGGACAACGUUUGGACAGAGCUGCGGCAUAUGCACAUGAGGGAGGCGAUUGACAAGCUCAUGGCGGAUUUCAACCAGUUCAUGCAAGACAAUGCGGGCAUGAAAGGAGAUGGAGCAGCGAGCCUCAAUGACAUGAAGGAUAUGCUUGCGAACUUGCCUCAGUACCAAGAGCAGCGAGAGAAGUUCUCUUUGCAUCUCAAUAUGGCGCAAGAAUGUAUGGGUAUUUUCGAGCGUGACAAGCUACCAAACGUGGCAACGGUCGAGCAGAACUCCGCCACUGGCUUGACUGCCGAGGGCAAGACUCCGAAGACGCUGGUCGAACAAAUGGUUCCGCUGCUGGACAGCCGGGAAGUCAUUAAUGCUAACAAAGUGCGCAUUAUCGCACUAUACAUCCAGUUCCGCGACGGCGUGCCCGACGAGGAUCGGCGACGACUGUACCAGCACGCCCGGUUAUCUAUGGCGGAACAGGACGCCGUCAACGCGCUCGUUCACUUUGGUGUGCGCAUAACCAGGGGACCUGGGGACAAGGACACCAGGAAGAGGCUCAAGCACAAGCCGAACCAGGAUGAUGAAUAUGAACUCUCACGAUUUAAGCCAAUGCUACAAACCAUCCUCGAGGAUCAUGUCAGGGACCGUCUCGACCAGAUAGUCUUCCCCUACGUGAAGGACGCACCAGUGGCGGCUCCCGCCGCAAGUUUGCGCGCGGCACCGGCAAUUGCACCGGCGACCUCUUUACGGAGUGCAAAGCCCAGUUGGCACCGGGGUCCGAAGGCGGCGAGCACACGCGAUGAGAUCCGACAGCGCGUCAUCGUCUUCAUUGCGGGCGGCAUGACCUACUCCGAGAUGCGCGAGGCGUACCUCCUGUCCAAGUCUCUGAACAAGGACGUUAUCAUAGGGUCAACCUCCUCCAUCACACCUGGUCAAUUCGUCGACGACCUCAAAGUCCUCGAGCUCGGCGGUAUCGGUUCCAGAGCGAUUCCCAAUGGGCUGGGCGAGAGCAAAGGUCGGAGACCGCUGCAAGAGUACUAUGACGAGAAAUACUACACGCGCGACGCGCCGCGGCCACAGCGGCCGGCUGCACCUCCCGCGCAGGCACGCGACGAGAAGGGUCGGAUGCACAAGCCCUCCGUGCCCUCGUUCGCAGGGUCGACGUUGUCGGUCAACAGCACGAACAGCAAAAGCGAGGACAAGAAGAAGAAGCGGGGUUUGUUCCACUUCUGAAUGUCCAGUCUGAUUCACGCCUUGCGGACAGUGCUGAAUUGCCUAACCUUAUUGUUCCUGCCCUCGUACUAUAAGACGAACCCUACAUAUACCACGGAUUUGUGCUGAGACUAGUAACUUGAAGCUUCCGAUUAGGACACUUGUAAUUCAUACAACAUAUUUGUCGAUCGGAAUGCCGAGCCUUUCUCUCUCAGUUUCUAAGUACUGUUUCCUGUCGGGAUUUCGGUAAGGUUGGGCUACUCGGUCAGUUGAGUACCACGGACGCAUAUCUUCUGCGAAAC